ACGCUCCAGUAUCAAAUGGUUCUGGUCUAUGCCUUUAACGCUAUUACCAGGCGUUGUAAAAUAUCAGCUGUGCGCCCUACCAUAUCGAGACGUACAUUGUAUCCACGCUGUUUAGACAAGUCCGUGGACGUGGUUCUGCUACGUGACUUCCCUUCCUUAGGAAAGAAAGGUGAUAUCGUGAAAGCGCAGCGUGGAUUUGCUAACUAUUUCAUUAUACCACGCGGUAUAGGAUUGUAUGCUACCUGGGAAAAUAUAGAUACAUACGCCUCAGAUAGCAAUAGUCCUGCUUACUCGACACAUGUAUCUGGGAGUAAUAAGCCAGGAACGAAGUUCACGCCUACAUGCUCAAGAAAAGGAUUGUUCAGGCAUACAAUAGAGGUCAAAACUUUGUCUAAAGACAAAGAGGUGCUGUGCAGCCCAGUCUCAAUAUACCAAAUACUAGACCUAGUGUCUACAAAGGACCACUACGACUUUCUACCAUCGCAAAUAACCGCUAUAAUACGUGAAGUAGACGGUGUAUCAUACCCGGUUAGUGCAAAAUUGGCACUGACGGGUAAAUAUAACCUAAGUAUCCAGGUUGAUACCUUAUCGGGUGGUACUGAACAGUUUGAAAUCUGCGUAGAACUGCUUGACGCCAGCGAUUCAACGACUACAUCGACCCUGACAGAAUUCACUUUGGGGAAGUGAAAAGAGUAGACUACA